UUUUUAAACAGUUUUGUUUUGGCAGAUAACUGGGUCAAAAUAUCAAAUUAACUUAUGCCAUAAAUCAAUAAUGAGCUAUUGUUUACGUAAAGCAUUUAACACUCAGCAGAGCAGCAAUUCGAACAUCAGUCCAAAUUUUCGAGGUUGAAAGUGUAGAACAAAUAAUGAGUGCUCUGCUAGCCUGCAUUCUGGCGAUUUUCCUACUCUUCAAAUGGGUCACCAAAAACAAAGAUUUCUUCCGCGACAAACCCAUCCCGUCGGUGCCAUUCCGAUCGCUACGGUACAACACUGUUUCACUUCUUCUGAGGGCGACAGACAUCGGGACAUUUGGCGAACAGUUGUAUAACAAGUUUGCAGAUGCUAAAAUUUUCGGUAUGUUUGAUACUAUCAAACCUGUAUUCGUUGUACGCGAUCCAGAUCUUAUCAAAAGCUUCACCGCGAAGGACUUUGACCACUUUGUCGAUCGACCUGGAUUUUUGGGAAAUGAUAAGAACGAUGAUCCACAUGCUCUGUUUGGGAAAUCCUUGCCCAUGUUGACCGGUUCCAGGUGGCGAAAUAUGCGGACCACCCUCACUCCAGUAUUUACCGGCAGUAAGAUGAGGCAGAUGCAUCAGCAAGUGCUUGAGUGCUGUGACAAUGUUGUUCAGUUUCUGAAUUUGGAACAACAGGAAGGUGAGGUGGAGAUUGUUUUGCAAGAUUUGACCAGUCGUUUUGCUAUAGAUGUGAUUUCAUGUUGCUUAUUUGGCAUAAAGCUGAACAGUCUUUGCGAUCGGACAAACAAAAUUUAUACUUAUGGAACGCAGGUAUCGAAACUCGUAAGCAUUAGUAUACUUUUUAAAAUGCUUCUGAUAAAAUGCUUUCCUACCUGGAGUUCGAGGCUUGGAAUUGAUGCUGUAGAGCGAAAACAUGCAAAGUAUUUCUACGAAAUUGUGACGGAUACAAUCAAAAGUCGAGCGGAACAAAACAUCACAGCUAAUGACAUGAUUAACCUGUUAACGCAGACACAACAAAAUCAACUAAAUCUAAAACUUACAAAAACUUUAACUGACAGUUCCAUAGCAGCACAAUUAUUGGCAUUUCUAAUCGCUGGCUCUUCAACGAUUACAUUCACUCUGGUUUGUCUGAUUCACGACCUAGUCGUUCAUCAGAAAGUUCAACAGAAGCUGUACGAAGAAAUCAUCCAAACACAAGCUAACUUGGACACUGAAAAGCUCAGCUACGACUCCUUGCAGAGCAUGAAGUACAUGGAUAUGGUAAUUUCAGAGAGCAUGCGAAUCCAUACCCAAUUCCCAAAUCUUUUACGCCAAUGUGCAAAGACCUACACGGUUGACGAUGGUGAGGGACUUAAAUUCGACAUCGAACAAGGCACCAUGAUCUGGAUUCCAGCUCAGGGUCUCCACAUGGAUCCCAAGCAUUUCCCAGAUCCCAAACGGUUCGACCCGGAGAGAUUCAACGCGGAGAACCGACGGAACAUCCAUCCGGCGACGUAUCUUCCCUUUGGAGCUGGACCAAGAAAUUGCAUCGGAUUACGGCUAGGACUGAUGGAGAUCAAAGCGCUGUUGUAUCACUUGGUGCUGAAUUUUUCUAUUAUUGAAAAUAGCAACACGCCAACAGCGCUUCCAAUCAACAAAGGAUACGCAUUCUUGAAUGCAUUAAGCCGGGACGUGUCGGUUACAUUCCAGAACCGUUCCAAGAAGUGAUUAGUAUCGUGAUUGCAAUAAAUUG